AUGUUUUAGUUAGAAAUGAGAGAAGUCGAAGCUGCGGCUAAUCGUCAAACAAUAACUUUACAUCGGAGAAGGAUUUACGCUCAAAUCAAGAAGAUGGCUCCUGUUCAGCAAGGUUCCCUGGAAGUGCAACUUGCACAAGGACUUGCAGGCAAUGAACCAGGGUCUCGAGAUAAAACCUUUGCGACUCUACGUAAAUUCGUCCGUUUGCAAUUGCCACAUUUGAAAGAACCUUUAACGCAAGAUGAUUUUACAAAGAUAUGGAAAGGAAUUCAUUACCGUUUGUGGAUGCAAGACAAACCUCUUAUACAAGAAAAACUUGUCAACGAAGUCUGUGAACUGCUUCCUCACUUUCCAACUGAAGAAUAUGCAAUGAUGUACAUAAAAGCUUUCUUUGAGACAGAAGCUCGUGAGUGGAAUGGAAUAGACCAACAGAGACUGGAUAAAUUCAUGAUGCUUAUCCGAGAGUUUGUAAAUUCAACAUUUGUGUUUCUGUCCAAGUCCGACUGGAAAUUCGAUCUCAUAAAGCAAUUGAAUGUUAUCAUGGAAGAGAGUGUAUUCAAUGUAGGAAAGGCUAUGCAACCUACCAGUCUACAGUUGCAUCUAAUUGAUGUUUACUUUUUAGAGUUGAGGAAAGUUGUCAACGAACAGCUCACCCCUGAUACUGCUACCCAUUUGUUUACUGCAUUUGUAAAUGUUUUUCCUGUUCUCAAUAACCCUAUUGUUGUGGCCAGCAUCUUUAAAUUACUCAAUAAACUAAUCUUUGAUGAGGAAUCUCCCGAGGAUAAAAAGAAUAGGAAAAGAUAUGUUUUAAAUGGCUAUGAAGAACGAGAUGCAACAGAUUUUGAAAAUCCAGUGAAGCUCACAAUCGAUUUGGAAAAGUUUUCAACCAUUCUCAUGGAUAGGGCCAGUAGUGAAAAAGGUACAUUUAAACGACGGAAGCAGUUAUAUAAUCUCAUCAAGCGAAUAAAAGAUUUAGAACAUACAAAGCCUUCUUCCAAAAGUGUGAAGAAAAGUAAAUGUAAACAUAAAAAAGGCAAUAUUGAGGAAGUGAAUAUUGAAGAGGCAGCUCAAAGAUAUUUGGAGUUUAAUGAGAAACUGCAAAAAGAAAUUCCAUCACAGAAGCAAUGUAAGAAACUUGAAAUACUACAGUACAAGAAGAAACGAGCCCAGGAAAAAUGUAAUGGAGAGCGAAAGAAGGAAAAAGACAGAGUGGCAGAUGAGGAAGAGGAGGAGAAAGAUGUUGAGAAUGCCGAGGAGGGGGAAGAAGAGGAUGGAGAUAGUACAGAGGAGGAAGAAGAAGAGGAUGGAGAGAGUACAGAGGAGGGAGAAGAAGAUGGAGAAAGUAUGGAAGAAGAUAAUGAGGACAUGGGCUGUGAGUUUAUACGUUUUGAAGCUGAAGAAGAUGAUGAUGAUGAUUUUGAUACUGAAGAAGAGGAGGAGGGGGAAGAUAUGUGGGCUUUUGAAGAAGAAGAAGAGGAGGAGGGGGAGGGAGAAGAUGUGUGGGAUGUUGAAGAAGAAUGUACAAGUGAUGAAGAAGAGGAUGGAGAAAAUGUGUAUGAUAAUGAUGAUGAAGAAGAUGAGGAAGAAUUUGAUGAUGAGUCAUUGGGUCUUGGAAAAGAUCAAAUGAUAGACAGUGAUAAAUUAGAUUCUGUUUAUACAAAUAGAGAACCAGAUGAUAGUGAUGACAAUGAUUAUGAUGAUGAAAAUGAGGAAGAGGAUGGUCAUGAUGAUGGCUUGGAAUUUGAUGCUGAAGAGGCAUUCCUGAAAAUGGAGGAGGAGGAGAGUGAAGAGGAAAGUAAUAGCAUAGAUGGCAAUGAAGAAAGAGGCGAUGAAGUUGGUUGUUAUAUUGUAGAUGUUCAAACAUGCAACAACAACAGUGGUAGUGAAGAGGUUAAGAACUCCCAACAACAGCCGCUUGAAUCCCAGGCUGGCCCAUCACAGAAGCCUAAGAAACAUACUGACAGUAGUGCUGAUGGUAAACCCUCAUCAGGUAAAUGUAAGCGAAAAAAUGAAGAGCUGGAUGAUGACAUGAUAGAAAAAAAGAUGAAGAUGAUGAUAGAGAUGAUGAGCAAAAAGUUAACAGCAGACAAGAAAAAGAAAAAGCGAAAGAAGGUAAAAACACCCUCUGACAGCAAUACAUCUAAAAUCACUGAUAAUUCGUCUCAGUCAAACUCUAGUUGGUUUGCCUUGGUGGAUUUUGAAAAAGAUGAUGAGAAAAGAGAGGACAUCUGUGGUUCAGUUGACCAGACAGUUAGGAAAGAGAAGGUGAGAAAGAAAAAGAAGAAGCAAAAUGGAGAGGCGACAAUAGCAAAUAAAAAGGAUAAAAAGAACAAGAGGAAUAAGAAGGCAAAGCAACACAAUAUAAAUUCAAAACAGACAUUUCCAUUACCAACUGGACUGAAGACUUCUCCAGAUCUGCAUGUUGUUUAUGACCAGCUGAAAGAUACUGUCAAUACCAAGCAGAUGCGACAGACUGGAGUUGCAGAUAAAAAGAUAAAACACAAGCUAAAUCGUUAUUUUGAUAUGGUUGCUAAAAGUAAUCUAUUAAAUGAGGUGUCAUCUACUGCUGUUAAUAAUAAUGAGGACAAUAAGAAAGAACCUGUUCUUUUAAAUGAUAAUGAGAACAACAAAAAAGGACCUGAUAAUAAGAGCAAUAAAAAUAAUAAGAAGAAGCACAAUAACAAUAUUGGUAAUGGUAGCAGCAAUACUAAGGUUAAAAGUGUGAAACCUGCCAAAGCAGGUCAACCACUACAACUGGCAGAAAACUUUAAAAACUUUUGUGAAUCACCACCAGCAUUUUUCCAGAAUGCUGUUUCAAAGGUUAAAAUGUCUGCAACUAGAAAAAAAAAUAAGCCCCAAAUUAUCUCAACAGAUCUAAGUGAUGCUGGUUUACAAGACAGAAAGUCAGUCAGUUUUGACAUGAAUCAAAACAAAGCAUUUCUGCCAGAGACCCCAAUUAGCUCUGAAACACCUUUCAACUCCCAAAAGAAGCCAAAAACAGGUAUUUUGAAACCUUCUCUAUCACCAAUUCUUGUUGCUAAGAAGAAAAAGGGAAUUACGAAGCGACAAAAAGCAGCAGAUUUCUUUUGAUUUUUUUGUACAGCAUACAACCUGUAUUUAGAACUUUGAAUGAAUUUUUAUACAUUGAAGAAGAGAAACUGUAUAUUACAAAGUUUCCUUCUCCUUGUUAAUCAAAAAGUGCUGCACAACAAAUAUGAACAUUGCUCUGUUGGACAGAAUUUCCAUUAAAAUUUUAUCCAAACGUCUAUUUACAACUCCAAUAUUAUAUAUAUAUUUUAUAUAUAUUUCAAAUCUGGGUUACUGUUAUAACCAACCACUGACAUUUCAGUAAACUAAUGCCAUUUUAGGAGGGAUAAAGGCAGAUAUUCCAUUGACAACACAUCUCACUUCUUUACUGUUUUCUUUUGUUUUUGAUGUCCUAGAGAAUAAGAAAUGAUUGAACUAGGUGUAUUGCUGGUUUUAAUGAUUUUCUCUCCCCACCCUCCUCAAUGAACAUUUGUUAUUUUCCUGAAUAUUUUUGUGAUUCUGUCCAUUUGUUUGUCUAAUCAUCACUCUAAGUGAGCAGAGUCAGUUUAAAAAGCUCACUCCUGCAACAGCUAUUAAUACAUUGUGCCACUGAGGGAGUCACAUGAUUCAACAUCUCUACAUAACAGUAGGUUCCAUUACAAUUUCGUAGUUGAUUAACCCUCUCAGAUCAGGGCUCCUGAGCAAAAAAGAAAUAAAUUGUUGCAUAUACAGCUCAAGAGUGAUGAUUACAGACAAACUAAUGGACAGAAUCACAAAAAUAUUCAGGAAAAUAACAAUAGGCCUUUCUCUCAACUACCAUAAUUGUUCAGCUGAAAUGAUACUUUCCUCAUCACUUUCACCAGUUUGAUUGUCCAAAUGACUCUUAUUGCCUGCGUAAGGGUAAACUCUGUCUGAAGAAAAAAUAUUGUCAAUAUCAUAAUCAGCUGCAAAGAGUCUAGGCCUAGCUCGUUUACGAGAUGAAAUUUUGGGUUCAUAACAUGCUCAUUUCAUUGCAAAAUCUCUCAUUUUCUUUAUUGAAAACAAGUAAACAUCAUCUAUGGGGUGCAUCAUUAACAAUAAGUCAUAAAGACUCUUGACAAUAAAGCUGCAACAUGAUAGGUUGUCUAA